AUGUGGAGCAGAAACGUCAACAAAUCACAGACAGAGAGUUUCUCGAGGAGUCGGCGAGGCACAAAGAAGUCUUCCUUUCGAGAACAUGCAGUGUCGAAAAAUCGAACGGAGAGAUCAACUCGCAGACCCCCGACCGAGGAAUCAAACCCGACAAGCAGUACCCUGACCUCCUCGAUUAUCACACUCGUCGUCGGACGCGAACAACGGCUCUUCGCAGCACACGAAGAUGUCCUCUGCAUAUCCCCAUUUUUCCAAGCUGCAUGCCGCGGACAGUUCAUGGAAGCAGCAUCUGCGAAACGCAUCUCCCUGCCUGACGAAGAACCCGAGAUCUUCUCUUCUGUCCUCGAAUACCUCUACAAAGGUGAUUAUCAUCCUCGGCUCAUACACAAUAAGAGGAAGAACUCGUGGGAGCUAGAGACCGGUGAUGGUAGUGCUGGAAGUGUGGAAAGCACAGUAUAUCAUCACGGCGUUGAUGGAGAGUUGUUGAAAGAUACAGUCAUCUAUUGUACGGCGGAGAAAUACGGAUUAGAUGAGUUGAAGAGAGUUGCGUUGCGGAAGCAAGGUCUUCAAUCCGGCAUUCAAUGCAGCACCAUCUUAUCAUCCGCUCGCUACGCCUACGCCAACACACCCGACACCGACUCGAAGCUUCGAGCACACUACCUCGCCCUUAUAAUCCGUAGCCGCGGCACAUUCAAGCGUAGUGGUACCAUGCAGAUGGAGAUGCACGCCGGCGGGUCCCAGCUAUUCUUCGAUCUCUUCGUUGCAUUGUGCAAUCAUGUCGAUGAUGUUGCGUCGAUCGCUGGCUCACCUCGCAGUGUGCGGACUCAUCACUGA